ACCAUACGAAACUACCCCCACUCCAUCAAGGAAAGCCCGUUCCGGUAUUUUCGCUUCACUCCCACUAUGGCAAUCUAGAUAUUUCUGGAGAUUCGAAGGGCAUUCUUCCAACGCAACCCACUAUAAAUAUCUCCACCGUCUCUCCUGCUGCUCUCCCCACCAAAACCCAAAUCCUAAAUCCCACGCCUUCAUCUUUUUUUCCCACUCUUCCCUCCGCCCCACCCCUUUCUUUCCUCUAUUCCGUUCGUCUUCUCUUUCUAAUCCUCUCAAAUCCCUCCUACCCCCUCGCCGGAUUCCGACCAACGGUCCCGUCCGUACACCUAUUUUCCGGCGAGAUCGGCGGAAUCCGGCCGAUCUCUCGAUCCUCCAUCCAUCUAUUAUUGACCUCGUAAUUUUUUUUCUCUGCCCAUUGUGCCCCUGGGUUACGGUAUCUGACGUGGCGGGAGCCAGGGUCGCGAUGUCGAGCCACGCGUGUCAGGUGAUGGCGACGUCCAGGAAGCGGAAGGAGCGGGACGGCUCCGACGCGCCGCCGGCGGCUAAAGCCGAGCCGGUCGAGAGCGGCGCGCCGUCGGCCGGGAACCGGCUCCUAGCCGGGUACCUGGCCCACGAGUUCCUCACCCAGGGGACGCUGUUCGGACAGCGGUGGGACCCGGCGGACACCAAGAAGCCAGACCCGGCCCGAGCGGGCGAGCCGGGUCCGGUGAAGGCGUACGCGGAGGUGGCGUGCCUGCUGAAGGCGGAGGGGGCCCAUGUCCCGGGAGUCGUCAAUCCAACCCAGCUGGCUCGAUGGCUCCAGAUGUGAGUGAGCGGGUGGAGGCCAACCGUCCCUCCGUUUCUUCUUUGUUGUCAUUGUUAUCAAAAGAAGAGAAUGGAAGAGAAGAAAAGGUGGAAGGGAAAUCCUCUUCCUCCCCUCCCUCCCCAGUUCCCCAUCUCUCUUUGUGCCUGCGUGCAUGAGUCGUGAGGGCACCAAAGAAAAGCAAAAGAUCUUGGGGGGCCUAAAAAUCAGGGAAGAAAGUGGAUUUCUUUUUUGCUUUUCUUUUUUUUGUUUAUUUGGAAACUAGAUCAAUCACUUUUGAUGUAAGAUGAAUUGAUGAGUUCAUGUUGUUUUUUUUUU